AGCAGCACCAUGGGGACAGUUAGCGAACCUUUGAAAUGUCCGGUCUGCCAAGAUUUCUUCACAGAACCUGUGACGCUUCAGUGUGGACACGAUUUCUGCCUCACCUGCAUCCAAGCCGUCUGGGAAACAGAUGAGUCAACCAACGGUCCUUUCUUUUGUCCAGAAUGUCAGAUAUUCCUCCCUUCUGACCUCACUCUGGAGAUAAACGCAGGACUGCAGCAAAAAGUGAAGGACUAUACUGAAAAUCAACAAAGAGCAGGAGCUGAGGCAGAACCUUCCUCACCUAUCCAGUGUGAUCAUUGCAUAGAGAAGCCGUCUGUGGCCAUAAGGACCUGUUUGACCUGUGACGCUUCACUGUGCGAGGCCCAUGCCCAGCUGCACCAACAGAGAUCUGCUUUCAGGGAGCACACACUGGUGGAUGUUACCAAGGAUGUGCUGUCGCUGAAGUGCAGGGAGCACCGGGAUGAGCUCAAGCUCUUUUGUAUGGAGGAGAGGAUCCCUGUGUGUUGUUUAUGUGUUCUGGUUGGGGCCCACAAGGACCAUAAGGCAGCACAACUUCAUGAAUCCAGUGUCGACUUAAGGAGUGUGUUAGUGAAUAAUAUGACCCAAUUACUGAAGAGGAGAGAGGAAGCAGAGCACACCAUUCAGGACUUGGAGUCGCUAUAUACACAAACUGUGAAAGCCGCUGCAGAUUUCCGAGAGAAAAUCACAGACAAGUACAGCAGAAUCCGUGUGGUUUUGGAUGCUGAUGAACGUCUGAUGAUGCAGAUUAUAGACGCAGAGGAGACGUACAUGACGGACUGGCUCGAGGCCCAGAGGGGCAUCACGGAAACUCAGAUUAAAGAGAUAGACAGAUUAAGAGCCUCUCAUAAAGCGCUUCUGCAGGAAACAAAUGACCUGCAGUUCCUUCAGCAAGCAAGUUCACAGAAUCUUUGGUGA